UGUCCAACAUGGCGACGCCCAGUGAGUUGUCUCUAGAGGAGAUACGUAAAUAUUUAUUGGAUAACGGUGGCUCAGCGCGAAAUCACGACCUAGUGAAACAUUUCAAGAGCUUCCUCACUGAUCCCGAGACACGAGUUGAGGCUCGGAAUAAAUUCAAGGAGUACGUAAACACACUGGCCACUAUCAAAAAUGAGGAGGGAGAAAAAUUCUUGGUCCUUAAGAAAAAGUAUCGCCAUAGCCUAGACGAUGUAGCAUCAUCACCACAUACUCACCUGGGACCCGGCUCUCCUUCGGCAAUCCCGGAUUUCCCGACUGCCACUUCACCCCUCCGUGAUCCACCCCCAUAUCGACCACCUCCUCCAGCUCCUUUGAGUCCCACACACUCUGUUGACACAUCCUCGCCCGUAUCCUAUCGUUCACCCCCAGAGGAGCUCUAUGCCACUGUGAACAAACCGAAUAGAAUGGCCCCAGUACCGGUGCACAAUUCACCAGGACCAGGAUCACUUCACCGUCAACAUCCCAUGUUCGAUGAGACUUCACCAGAGAUGGAGGACCCAUCGUCACCUCCUGUCCCUCCACGACGGAAGAGUCAGGAUAAAUUAAAACUAGAAAAUAAAGAAAACGUGAACAAUGAAAGAGGAAAAAUUAGCCAAGAAGGUUCAAUCAAGGAGGACGAGCCAACAGGAGGAGCCGGAGAAUUGCCAAGUGUUCGUGAACGAAUGCAGCGAUUCAACCGUAUGGCAAGUGAAACUGAUCUUCACGGUCGUCCUAAUGGUAUUACAUCACCAGUCAAGAAACGCUCCGACAAGGGAGCGGACGAGGAUGACAGCGCUUCUGUGGCAUCGCAACUGGAUGGGAAGUCGAGAGAAUGGCUGGUGAGAGCGGCGCAGGGUGAAUAUCAGGCACUUGCGAAACUCGCUGCUGAGGAGCCGCGGUUAACUCGACUCAAGGAUCCAUCAUCCGUGAGUGCAUUCAAAAUACUGCAGAGGAAUCAGGAAAUCGAUGAAACCCGUGCAGAUAAAUAAAAUAUUAUCGAUAAAGUUUCACUUCCACACGGGGAGAAAUAUUCAGCGAAAAUUGUAUUGAAAUUCGAUAAUUCCCAAGCGCGAAUAAAGGGCCGAUAAAAAUUGCAGAAGGUCUAGUAAAAGGGUCGGAACGCUAUGUAAUUUUUACGGAAUAUUUCGUACCUUGCAGUGGAUCCUUUAUCAUUUUUAUCGGACUCGUGUAAUUUUUGCUGAACUAUUUCUCUCCGAGAAAUCAUAAAAUUUCAUAUUUCACUGAUAGUACUUUAAAAAUUCAAUUGCACUAACGAAUUUCCGUCCUCGUUCCAUCUAAAAUUCUGAAAUUUUGCAGAACGGAAUUCGAGACAGUUCGAGACUCGCUAAUCACGAAAACCCUCAUCCCCUGAUUCACCAAAAUCCCCGAUAAUUAAUUUUCAUAAUUUUUGUUUCAUUCCUUUCAUGCUCCUGAAUGUCUCCACCAUCGUCUCUCUCUCGUGACCGCAACCAGGGUGUGAGUAUUAAAUUAAAAUAUGUUUUCAAACCCCCAAAAAUUAAUCCUCCAAAAGAAUCUGAAAGCCCUUGUAAACACAUCUUAUCGGUGCUCCUGGUCCCCUGAAUAAUUUCCAUUUUACACGUGAUUUCACACUCAACGAUGAAAAACAUUUUUCACAUCUCGCACGUGCCCCACUCAACCACCACUUUGAAAUCGAUUACAAGGAUUGAAUCAAUGCUAUUGGGUACCAUCGAGUGGUUGUCGAUAAAUCGUUGUAGAUCGGGGUGAAGAUCAUUGGUUAAGUCCGAUUGGCCAUUGGAUAACUGACAUCUCUAUAAGUAAAAUGUGAACGGCGCCCCACAACGGGGGUUCCCAGACGUCGUCGGAGACAUCAGCACAACGGGCGGCCAUUGUCUCAUAACGCAUAUACUAUUGCUUGUAGAAAGUAGAAAAAUGAGAGAAGACACUCACAAGGGGGGUCGCAAUGCCCCGUUGUGAUAUCUCCAAAUUAAUAAUCAAAUAUAUUCGAAAUAAUCGCCCACACUUGACCCACCGAUACAUCGUACACUUGUUUAUCGCUAAAUCGCGAAUAACAAAUAAUCUAAUAUUUUACUAUUCACCAUUACCAGGAAUUAAAUCCAUUCGAGUGAGCGUUACAAUAUUUUAAUUGCCUCCAGGUGGCAAUUGUGUACAUUUAACAGCGGUUAUGCCUUAUCACCAUCCGCUUAUUUUUGUGUAAUAAAUGUAUAAAUUACAGAUGUAAAUGUUGGGAAAAAAAAACGUCAGUACAUGACGGAAAAAAAAGGAGGAAAAUACAAAAGGAUGGCAUGUAUAUCGCGUGCAGCGUCUCGGGUCUCUGGCCAGACUGAUUAAAUAAGUCAGAUAAAAAAAAAAUGUUACUGGUGGACUACAGCGUCUCAGUCACUUUGCUUUAUUCUUACAGUGAGAGAAAAAUAUCGUAGAUUUUACAAAAUAUAUCUUGUCGGGUGGAUAUUCUUUCGGAUAAAAAUAUAAUGUUAUUGUUUCAACGUUUCAAUUCUUCUAGAGCCUAGAUAAUGAAACAUUGCAAUGAAGAUGGGUCAGUAUUCCAUUAACAAUAUCUUAUUGCAUCAUAACAUUAAUGAUUUAGUGAUUGAAUCCAUUAAAAUCGCUCAGUUUAAUCACAGUUAUCUAAAAAUUCCGAAAUAUUUCGUUACAUUAAUUAAUUAUUUGUAGUAAUGAACAAGACCGAGUGAUUGACUUAAAAAAUAAUCGUUCCGUUUAACUAAAUUUUUACGCCAUAUCAUUUUAUUUAUUUCAUUGCAAAAAAUGAAAGAAUUACUUGAAGAUAGUGUGGAUACGAGGAACGAGGUAAUCGUACCAUUAAUUCCUCCGGGCAGCCGUUGUUGCCGGACAGAAGUAGCAAAAACUCAAUUCUCAUACAGAAGGAAAUCGGUAAUAUGUAAUAAUGACUUACCAAAACCCUUGCGGUGAGUGAAGUGAGAUUGUAUCGAUGAAAGGGACCCCCCGAUCAAGAUCGUAUCGGGGUUUAUUUGCGUCACCGUUGCCCUCGUAUAAUUCAACAAAGCAGCUGUAACACAUACACGACGAUUUAUUUUUCUUUUGAAAAAUCUAAAAAGACGGAAACAUUCGUGACAAAAAGCGAUACAACAUUGUAAGUGACUCUGGGAAACUAAUUACAUCGUGUAAUUAAAUUGUUCCAGCUGGCAUGGAGUUUCUCGGUUUGCACACAUGUGUCAUAUUGCGAUAUCUCAAUGACAAUAGUCAAGUAGAGUGAGACUAAUGCUAUUGUUAGUCGGUAUUAUUCCCGUCUCAGUGGUCAUAAUCGAGCAAUUAAAAGCGUCACAGCGGUGACAUUAAUGCCGCUACUAACUGCCCGUUAAGGAAUAACAACUGACCAUCGUGGUGAGUGUAAUUGGGUGGUUGCUGAAUCUGCAGAUCGUAAAAAAUCAGCAGGGUGUAAACCCUGUGGACUCUGUUCGUCUCUUGUGGCUAAAUCUUACCCUGUUAUUUUUGGGAUUUUAUCGGAUACUUUUGCCAUCAGUUUUGGCGAAUCGGGAGUGAUUGAUCUGGGAGAUUGUUUGAUAUCGAUUUUAU